CCGCGCCAUGGGGUUACUCGCGGGCUGGGGGCCGGGCGGGCGGCUGCGCGCCUCCGCCGCCGCCUUCUCCUCCUCCUCCUCCUCCUCCGCCGCCGCCGCCUCCUCGCGCGCACCGCGGGCCGGGCAGUAGCGGCGGGCGCGGAGCGGCGCGGGAGCGCGGCGCCCAUGGCGUAGCGGCGCUGCGGCGCGGCUGCCCCGCGGGAGCCGGCGCGGACAGCCCGGCGGCGAGGCAAUUAAAAAUUGGAAGAUUUGAUUUCAAAACAUAUACCACAGUUUUCAAAGGAAGUGAAUCUACGUGAAGAGCUACAAAGGGAGUGGAUUUCAGAAGACAGUGUUUGCAAAAAUGUCUUCAAGUUGUGCGACUCCAGUGUUUGCUUUGAUGAUUUUGUGUCUAGCAGCUGCAGGUCCUGUGCCUAGAAGCGAGUGUGUCUUAUCGCCUGUUAAUAAUUCGCACCCAGUCCAUGCCUUAUUGGAGAGUUUUACAGUCUUAUCCGGCUGUGCAAGCCGAGGCACGACAGGCCUGCCACAAGAGGUGCACAUCCUCAAUCUCAGAAAUCCAGAGGAAGGUCUUGGCCAUCAUGAAAGUGAGGUCACCUUACAUUUGAAUCCAAUUUCAUCAGUGCAUAUUCACCAAAAGCCUCUGGUAUUCCUUCUCAACUCUCCGUUGCCUCUGCUCUGGAAGCUAAAAACAGAAAGACUGGCACCUGGAAUCCGAAGGGUGUUCUUUGUAUCCUUAGGUUCCAUUGUUCAGUUUGAGAAGGGAAAUUUCUCUUUGUCGGCAGAAACAGAAGAAAAGCUUUUCCCUGAGAAAAAUGAACAUUUGCUGCAGUGGGCCCAAAAGGAAUAUGGAGCAGUCACAUCCUUCACUGAACUCAAAAUAUCAAGAAACAUCUAUAUCAAAGUAGGAGAAGAUCAAGUUUUCCCUCCAUCGUGCAACAUAGAAAAGAACUUUCUCUCUUUAAAUUACCUUGCGGGAUACCUACAACCAAAAACAGCAGAAGGGUGUCUUAUGUCUAACUUAGUCCAAGAAAGAGAAGUUCAUAUCAUUGAAUUAAUCACUCCAAAUUCCAAUCCAUACAGUGCUUUCCAGGUGGAUAUAAUCGUUGACAUUAAACCAUCUCAACCAGGCGCCAAGCUUGUCAGAGACGUCGUACUUAUCCUGAAGUGCAAAAAGUCUGUCAAUUGGGUUAUCAAAUCGCAUGAUGUCCAGGGAAAACUGGAAGUGAUUACAUCAAAUAGUAUUGGCUUUGGAAAAGAAACAGAACGAUCCAUGACUAUGAGUAAAUCAGUAAUACCUGAUAUUCCCUCAUCACAUGAGAGUUUGAUCAAGUGGGCUUAUGAGCAUAACUAUAGCCCAGUUACCUCCUACACAAAAGCCCCGGUUGCUAAUCGGUUCCACCUGCAACUUGAAGAUACAGAAGAGAUGAAUGAUGAAGAAGUUCAUUCCCUUCCUCCAGAGCUGACAGAAUUGUUGGAUGCUAGCCCGCUGCCUGCCCCAAAGAAUCCUGCAUUAAGUGAUAGCCUGGCUUUUCCUUUUCCCAUUAACAGAGGAAGACAUGGCACAGUGGGAGAAGGAAUCUUCCCAUCUAGAGAUUCAGCUGACACAUUAAUAGACCGUGACUUUGAGCAUUCCCUCCCAAAACAUAAAGGACCUGAAGAGGUUCAGGGUAGUGCUGAUGUAGCUCUAUCCAUAAAGUGUGAUGACAAAGUAGUGAUAGUAGCUGUAGAAAAAGACUCUCUGCAGGCUAAUGGCUACACAAGGACAGAACUCUCACUGCUGGAUCACUCUUGCAAAGCCAAGAUGAAUGGUACCCAUUUCAUUUUGGAAUCUUCGCCGAACAAAUGUGGGACUCGGACAGCGUAUAUCUCGGACAAGAUUGUUUAUUUUAACUCUAUUGUCAUUCAGCUGUCAUCACCAGCUGAAAGUAGUGGCUUUGAUGAUGACGACAUGGAAUCAGGUGAUAAUGGAUUUCCAGGGGAUGCUGAUGAAGGAGAUGUUGCUUUCUCAAGCUGGCCUGAAAUAGCGUUUAACUGCACACUGCACCAGCCGGAGAAUGAUAGAGCCUUUUUUAAUCCUUCCAUGUUCUGGCCUCUUGAACCACACGUCACCAAUGUGACCUUCAACAUGGAGCUGUACAAAACAGAUCUGUUUCUUGCUCCUUCCCAAGGACUCUUCUCUGUUGCUGAGAAUGGGCCAAUAUAUGUAGAGGUUUCUGUGACUAAAGCUGACAAAUCCCUGGGCUUUGCCAUUCAAACAUGCUUUGUUUCUCCAUUUUCAAAUCCGGAUAGAAUGUCUGAUUACACCAUUAUAGAAAACAUUUGUCCAAAAGAUGAAUCUGUUAAAUUCUACAGUGUUGAGAAGGUGAACUUCCCAAUACCACAUGCGCAGAAGGAUAAAAAGAGAUUUAGCUUUGUGUUUAAACCAAAAUUCAACAUCUCACUGCUCUUUCUUCAUUGUGAGCUGACUUUGUGUACAAAUAAAGACAAAGAUACUCAAGGAUUGCCUAAGUGCAUUCCUCCUGAUGAAGCUUGCACCUCGCUCAAUGUGGAUAUGAUCUUGGCCAUGAUGCACAACAAGAAAACUUUCACUAAGCCCCUCGCUGUAAUAACUUAUGAAGUAAAACCAGAAGAUCCAUCCCUUCCAAAGCCAAAUGUGAGACAGCCACCCGUGUUCUAUGGUCUGGACACCCUGACUGUCGUGGGCAUUGCCUUUGCAGCAUUUGUAAUUGGAGCACUGCUAACAGGGGCCUUGUGGUUUAUUUACUCUCACACGGGGGAAAUGGCCGGAAGACAGCAGGUCCCCACAUCCCCACCAGCCUCUGAAAACAGCAGUGCAGCGCACAGCAUUGGCAGCACACAAAGCACCCCCUGUUCCAGCAGCAGCGCGACCUAACACCAGCGAGAGCAAAGCAAAGGGGCAGCCUAGAAGAGCAGAGGUUGAAAGGACUGUUUGUUGAUAUCAGCUACAAGGAUGAAUUUGGUUUCUUUUGAAAAAAAAUGAGGAGGGAUUUUUCUACAGGAACAAGAACUGAUUUUCUUUUGGGGAAGCCACUGUGUGUGUGUGUGUGUGUGUGUGUGUGUAUGCGUGCACACGAUGUGUGGGUAAAUACAGCCUUUUGGAUCUUCUAUAGCAUAUUAUGCUAUAUGUGACAAGGCUACUAAUUUACAGUACUGCAAUCUGUUCAAGGGUCUGUGGACCCUCAAUGUGAAAUCUAUGCCAGUUUGGAAAAAUGCUGCUUUAUCUAUACAACACUUUUUUUCUCCCUAAACCUUCUCAUUGAUAUAAAGGUAUUUAUGAAGGGAAUUCAACAAGAUAAGCAGAACAAAGAAGAUCUUAGGUCAAAGAUUUUCUAUUUGUAUAAGCAAGACAGUCUCAAGGUCAGACCUAUUUGCUUAAUAACAUUUUAUUACUUCAACUAUGUUUAGCCACUUUUGAAUAACCUUUGUUUUGUUAAGCUUACUGCUACAGCAUCUCAUUUGCUUUCCUGUUGUGUUUGCAGCUUCAGGUUUGUUCCAGGUAUUUUUGUUUUAAUAUGCGUUGAUUUGGUAAUUGGAUUAGAGCACAUUGACAUUCCCUUCCUUGUUCUCCUGGCCAAAGCGCUUAAAUAAGAGAUUUUAUUAUUUUUUUUUAACCUACUAUAUCAAAUACAGACACACACAAACGCUAAUUCAGACAAAUAAUGUUCUUGUGCACUAAUGCAGAUGUGUUUGUACAUUUAAUGGCAAUGUCUUUAUGCAGGUAAAUCUGUAUGUAAGUAUACAGAACCUAAGAAACCUACUUUAACAGUUGGGGAAUUAGCCCAGUGUUCCUUCCAAACAUUAAAUGUGUGUGUGUGUGUGUGUGUUUUUGUGUACACAUGUAUAUAAGCAUAUAUACGCUGUUUAUAUAUAUACACACACGCACACAUCUAUGUACAUGCAUAUAUAUGUAUAGUUAUAAAAUAUACAUAUGUUUAUAUAUGCAUACAAAAACUGUCUCUUAAGUUUAUAGUUAGGUAGACAGAUGAGAUAGAAAAGAAACAGUUCUAACCCUUUAGCUCCACUUAUAAUUGAGAGAGUUUUGAGGGCACAAAGAAUGUACAAUAGAGCCUGUUGUUUGUGUAAACUACUGCCUAUAAAAAUGAAGCUAGUCUAUUAAGAUUACUGUGCAGUUGUUUGUGUUAAACUGUUGAAUGAACAUUGCAAUUGGAUAGUCCUAAAGUAGUGUUGGAAUGUGGAAAUGGUAGAAAGGUACUAAUUGUCACAGUAUUUUUUUCAGUGUCGUUGCCAUAUCUUGGCCUUCAAGUAGAUGCCAAGUGAAAAGAAAAAAAAAUACUUCUGAAUGUGUAAUUCUUUGACUUUUUUGUUGCCACUUUGAAUUUGUAAUGUGUUCUACUGAUCCUUCUUCUUUAAGAAAAAUUAACGUUGGUUUUCCUCUCAGAAUGAGAUGAGUAAUUUCCAUUAAUUUUAGUACAGGUCACUUACCUUCUGCAAGAGGAGAAGGGGAUUAAUUACAGUAGAGUGAUAGUCUGCUCCAAGUCUGAGCUGCAGAUUCUUUUGCUGAUUCUGCACUCGUGCCUUGCUGAUGCCAAGACGGCCAAAGUGCAAGAUAUGCAAUAGGUAUAAAUGCCUAGGAUCAGAUAGAAGAAUAUUACUCAUUUUAAAUCAAAAUUGGUAGUAAUCCUGCAAUCAUGUAUACAUAUGAGUAACUGUACGUGCCUUAUCCUUGGUGGUGCAAGCACAUGUCCAACUCUAAAUAUUAUGAGUAGCCUCAGAGUCAGUGGAGAUAUUCAGUGUAUACCGUUUUAUUUUACCAGGCCCAUGGAAUAGACCUGUUAACAUCAACAAAAAUUAUCUCAUAAGUAUAGUUAUCCUCAUGCGUGAGAGUAUACAGGAUUGAUUCCGUUAUAAGGUGUCAGGAGAAUGAACAUGCUACCUGUGUGGUUGAAAAGAAAGUGCUUUGCCUAACCUUCAGCAGAAUGUAUUGUAUAAGCAUAUUCUAUGUGUAAAAUCUUUAAAGAUGUCUUCAAAGAAGACUAGAGUCUUUAAAUUCAAUCAUAGCUAUAUUUUACUACAUUAAAUUUGUGUAUAAAGAUAUAUUUAAAUGUUUAGACAAAUGUAAGUUACUCUAUAUGAAAUGUUUAAUUUCAGUUACUGUGAAAUUUACCUAUUUUGUAAAUUUUUUCCCUGUUUUAGCCCUUUCUUCCUUCAGAUAUUUUAUUACGUAGUUUCUCAUAGGAAGUAUUAGAUUCUGUUGUUGAGAUGGUCAGAUUUAAAACUUUUAUGUAAAAUAGCUAAUUGUAUAUUUUUGAGAGAAACAUGCUGCAUUAUCAAUGUUUUUAUAAAAAACUCUAAUUUUAAAAUAAUUUACAGAUUUAUAUUUACUGUUGAAUAAACCAAAAAUAUAUAAAAUCAAAGAUUCAAUUGUAUUGGCUUGUAUUUGAAAUACAGUUUAAAUUAACUAAACUUGUACUUAGCUGUUUAAUUCAGAAAUUUUAAUCAAUUUGAAUUAAUCGGCUAUUGGAAGUUACCAAAAAUACAUGUAAUUAUUUAGCAGGUGGGACAGCCAUUUCUGCUCAAACAGAUGGAACUAAAACCGGGCAUUCUCAGUUAAUAGCUUUAUUACAAAAAUUUAUAGUAUCUACCAGCAGCUAUUGAGCUGUCUGCAGUUUACAGUACCAAUAUAUUUGUAAGCUCUGCGUUUUUAACAGCCAUUCAUAUCUACAGCAGGUUUCUUUAUUGUGUGUGGCAAGCUAUUUGAAUGUUUAACUGCAAAGCUACCAGUUCCUAAGUCUGUUGAACUUAUUUUGCCAUGCUUGCUUUCAUGUGGCAGUAUCUACUGGGUGUGGGAAACCAGCAAGACACUUAGGUCCUAUUCACGUCUCAGCAUAGGCCUUUGAAACAGGACUUACGAGAGACUUACUGGUGCUGGGUCUCUUCAUAGUGGUAAAUUUCUGGGUAAUCCAAUUGACUCCAAAGUGCUUUCCUACACAAGAAUGGGAGGAUUGGGCCUCAAAAGAGAUGCCUUCUAAUUGUAAAAGCUAUUAUUAAAAUACUUAAACUCUUAAGUAGAUUGUUAUGUCAUGGGCUGUCUAAUCACAAAUUUAAACUUUUCACAGCGUUUGUGUUGACAUUAUUAUUUUAAUGUGUCAAGAAGUCAGAGCUUUCCGUGUUAGGCUAUUUUCGUAGCAUUUUCCACAUGGAAAUGGGUUUUGCAAAAUGUCUCUAGAUGUUGACGAUUGUAAACUUUCUUCCUGCCCCUUUGUAACAAUUUCUCUUAUGUAUGUACCAGUCUCUAUGUUAUGUAUAUCUACCUCAUGCUUCACAAGAAGACUGUACUGUUGGUUGUGCUGACAGCCCUUCCUGUGAGGUGAUUGUUCUGCCCUGUUGUUUGUUUGUCAUUCAUGGGGAUGUUCACAAAAUUAACAGAUUUUCACUGCCGUGUUCCGACCAGUUCCAAACACCAUAGUCUCACCUUUAAAUAAAUAAAGACACUUCUUAAAUCAAUCUGACAAUCAGAUCUUUUAAUAAACAAGAAAUGGGAGAAAUUUACCUGCCAGUACCCGUGGCCAGUCUGGACACCCCAUUUGUAUUCCAUACUGUGUUCAGUAUUUCAGAGACUUGUGGAAAUGCUUGUAUAGUUUUGAUAACCACAGUGUCAUGUCAUCUUAGUCUCUUGUGCUUAAUAAAGUAUAUAUCAGUUAUUAACAAA